CAAAUCACAGGACAAUAGUUUUCCAAUAGACGGAGCAUUUAAUCUUUAAAUUUGCCUGAAUUACUGCACUGGAAAUAAGUUGGUAAUAAAUUAGUAAGUAGUUGAUGCGAGAGGUCAUAACAUUUUCAUAAAACAAUUUAGAUUGUUAGAUAAUUAUGAAUGAAGUUGUGAAAAUCUUUUAGUCGAGUUAAGUUUUAUUGUGUUUUGCUGCAACAAGUUGUUAAGUCCUAAUUGAAACUGAUCUCUUCCAAAUCGAAAAUGGUUCAUCCAGAAAAUCAAAUCACAACCAAUCAAAACCUUGGUAAAAUUCAUGAAGAUGAUGAACGAUCAACCGGUUCCUCCAAUGAUUCCUCCAAUGAUUCCCACAAAGUCCGAGUUCCGUUUCGUUUUUACAUUGCUGUCCUUGGCCUUUUCUCAUCUUUAAUGUGUUUCUCUGUCCGAACCAUUUUCAGUUUGGCUAUUCUUGAUAUGCUUGAAUCUCCUUCAGAAAUUUUGAAUGCCACCGGGCCACCAAGACCGUAUAAAGUGCGUUGGACUGAGGAAGAACAAGGAAUUGUUCUCGGUGCUUAUUCGUAUACAUAUGCAGCCCUUCAAAUCAUUUGUGGACGCCUUUCGGACAAAUAUGAUGCUGCUCAUGUUAGCACAGUGGCACACAUUUUAUCCCUUCUUUGUACUGCUUUAACACCUUUGUCUGUUUACGGAGGACUUGGUUGGGCGAUCGCUAUUCGUUUAGUUCAAGGAGUUGUCCAAGCACCGAUAAUCUCAACUCUUUAUGUCAUCUUUGCUCGAUGGUUCCCUCCAAAUGAAGUUGGUCUUCCAAUUGCUGGAGUACUGAUUGGUUCCAAUGUUGGCUCUGCGAUGGUUAUGCCGAUAACUGCUUGGUUAUGUCCUCUUGACCAAUACUGGGAAGGAUGGCCACUGUCGUUUUACCUGUUUGCCUCUCUUAAUGCGCUCUUUGUCAUCUUCUGGAUGAUUUUUGUUACCAAAAAUCCAAAGGAUAACAAAUGGAUUUCACAAGCUGAACUCGAGCUUAUAAGCAGUACAAGAAAAGAUACUACAAAGAAAAAGAUGAAAGUUAACUGGUCUGCUAUGUUGCUUUCACUGCCUUUAUGGUCUGUAACAAUAGCUCGAGCAGCAAAUUCAUUUGCUUACAUGUUAAUGAACUUCAAAGCUCCACAAUAUCUUCAAGAUGAGCUCAACUUCAAUCUAAAAGAUAAUGGAUUUAUCAAUGGACUUUUUUACAUCGCAAUCAUGACAACCAUGUUUGCCUCUGCUCCAGCGUCUCAAUGGUUGAUAGAAAAGGGCUAUUUUUCCGUUACAACAACUCGAAAAAUAUUUGAAUUCAUCUGUAACACAGGAUGUGCCAUAUCAACCAUUCUCAUUCCAUUCACUGGUGAAGAUCCAUGGAUCAAAGUGUUUCUUCUUGUCAUGCUGAUGUUUAUGAGAGGCUUUUCAACUGCUGGCGAUCAAUCAAUUAUUUCAGAAAUGGCUCCUGAUGCUUCUGGUUUAGCUUUUGGAAUAUCCAAUACAUUUUCUUCAGCAAUGGGAUUUCUUGCUCCAUUAAUUGCUGGUUUGAUCAUUGAUGCAAAUGCUGGCUCAGCUCAUCCAUGGGACAUGGUUUGGAUAUCAUCAGGAAUCGUCUCAUUAAUUGGAGGCACUGUAUUUGUCCUCUUUGCAACAGCUGAACCUCAACCCUGGGGAACCUUAGACUAUGAACCAGGAAAAUCAAACAAGAAACGAGCCGUAGGCAGAGAAACAAGUGUUAUUCCUUCAUCGGAAGUUUACCAUGUUGAGGCUGAGAAUUUAACACUUAAAAGGAAGAAGAAGGAAGUUGUAACUGAAAUUUACACCAUUUCGAAUGCAACACCAAAGAUGGGAUCUGGAACUGCAGAAGAUAAAGUAUAAGUUAGAAAAUCUUUCUCAUUAGAUUUAGAAUUCAAGUUAAAAAAUGAUGCAUUUUGUAUGGAACCAGAAGGAAGAACAACUAAAUGAAAAUAUUGUAAAUAAUCAGUCCAAUUUGAUAACAAGAAAUCUCUCUACAUAAAUAUGAUUUAGAAGGUCACAUGAUUGGAUAUAAAUAUAUCUCCACAGGCAAUCUGAUCAGUGUAAGAAACAAAGAAUAGAAAUGAUAGCGAAAUUGAAAAACAAUAAAAUAAAGAAACGAAAAA